AUGGACUCGCCCCUUGAUUCCUUUGGAUCUGACCGAACUGACAGCCAGGAGAGACCAUCAACACAGGGUCUCGUCACACCCGAAGGAGACGCACGUCUUCGAGCUUUCUCAAAUGUGGGUUUGGGCUCCUUAACAGCGCCACCGCGAGUGCGGAAACCGGCAUCAGCAGCAAGCAGCCGCAGAUCUGCGAGCGAUAGUCCUGGGAGCAACUCCUCUCUGAGUAGUGGUCCGGAAAGCGUCUAUUCGGAUGCGCGAACGCACCUGUCGAACUCUAGUGUACAAAGCUCUGUCCAAAGAAGUCACUUAUCACAAGAAUUGAGUUGCGAUCCUCAACGUCCGCCAGGGACCAACCGCGUUGAAAACAAUGACGCCUCCGUUGAUAAGACCGGACAAGCAGACCAGCACGAGGGGGAAGAGAAUGAACAUGAGACACAAGGAUCUCCAGAGGCUCAGCAUGACGAGAUCUUACUCGAGGAAGGAAAGCUCCGCAUUAAAAAUACCACACUCGAGCAGGAGCUUCAGGCCCUGGAGUAUUAUUGUGAAAUACAACAGCACGAGCUCGAGCGCUAUCGACAGCAACACCUCGGAGCCGAGCGACUUGCUGAGCGUCGCCGACAAGAAGUCCUGGAAAUCAAGAGACUGAAGGAACACAGCGAUAGACAACUGGCCAAAUCACAAGCACGCAACCAGGUGCUGGAGAGAGAUAAUGCCAUGCUGCGUUCGCUGGAGGAUGAAAAGCACAAGCGAAACAAAGCCGAGUGGAAGUUAGGAGACCUGUAUGGUGAACUUGAACACAAGAGAGCAGAUGUCCGCUCACUGCUAGACGAACUACAGGAGCUUCGUGACUCGAAGGAGGAGUCUGAAAAGGCACGAGAAAAAACCGAAGCAGAGUGCGAAAAGCUACAGGAACACAUCAAGCGAUCGGUGACAUGGAUACGAGCGGCACACAAACAACAGGUGCAGAAAGACAAGGAACAAUUUCGCCUCCUUGAUAGACAUUUUGUGAAGUUCGGUAGACAACGGCGUUCCAUCAGCCAUGCUUCAGUUCGAACAUCGGGCAGACACCAGGAGAUUCUCGCCGAGUAUCUGUCCUCCGCGCGGCAGAGUUCGACUAGCCAGUCACUGGUUUCAUCGAUUGCGUCUCCGCGCCAGGCCAUCCUCAGCGGCUUUACGAGUCCGUCUGUUCUGGGAGCAUCAUCCAUGACUACACGUUCCCCCGCGAGCAUGCAGGUUUCACCCGUGGUACCUGCCAACACCACACCCGAUCGGCUCCCAUCGGGCAAGAAGAUUUCGUUCCGUUUAGUCCCGACUCCCUCUGGCGAUCGAUUUCCGAAGUCAACUCCGGGAUCCGCAUACCGUCGGCAGUCUUAUCCUUAUUACUGGAAAACCAGGCGCAACAGGGCAUCACUGGGGCGGGACCCAUCAGUUCCCGAUAGAGCUUCUCGAGACUACAGCCCACGAUUACCGGCUCUUGCCGAGGAUGAUGAGACGAUUGUAUCAAGAAACGUGGCAGGCCGUUCUUUGUCUGUGCCAACGGUGCAGGAAGAGCUUGUAGAGGUUCUGGAGACGUUACAGUUUUCAUCGCCAUGGCGCAUGAUAUGGGACAGUUCUAACUGUCGCGCAAUUAUCGAGCCAGAGCAUGAUAUUGCAGGCGCAGUGACUAUUUACGGGGACAAAAGUCCAGUCCAGAAAGCACUGGAGAACUUCGCGGGGUCGUUUGGCAAUAUGAUGGAGGAGACCAACCAUACAAAGGGGAUCAUUCCGUGGCCUGCUUCGUUCAUGACUGAGCCCCAACGCUAUGCUUCAAUACAGGGAGUGUUCACCACCGUAACAUGGACUCAACCUAAAGCAGAAAAAUCGAUGCCCCCAAGGAAGGCACCGACGACUGGUUUUGUUAUUUCCGAGGACUCGAUGGGAAUUAGCAGCGCCGUCGAUUAUCCUCCUAGCCCGGGGUUGAGGAAACGGCAGAGUGGUAUAGUAUCGGAGACAUCAUCGGCCGAGGACUUGGAGUCCACACAGGACUCAAGGACAUCAAAGAUUGCGGAAAGCCCAUCUGUCUCCCAUGACCAAGCAUCACGGCCACCUCUUGCUGCAAUGAGCACUGACGAAUUGAGUAAAGAGCCGAGAGAUUCUCUAUCCUUGCCUCCGACAAUCGAUGCUGAAUUUCUGUCUCCCUCAGCCACUGCUAUGGAAAAUUCCGAGGUCAUGAAGAAGACCCAGCUGAAAAGAUCAAGAGCAAAAGGAAGUGUUUCAAGAUGGAAACCCGUGGACGCUUAUCACCCUUGUACCACCGUUUGCGAUUGCUCGAUCAGGGACAUCAACCAAGGUCGCAAACCUCGGGUCAGAAGAAUGGCCAUAUCAAAGGCCUUUACGAUCCCAUCAAUCAUGGCUCUUUGCUCAUGGGCGCUGAUUCUACUCAUUACGAGCAUUAUGCCCUUGGAAGUUCCAGCUCUCUUUUGCAAAAAGGCGCCAACAUGUCGACCCUGUCCGAUAGUCUACGAGGGCUAUAACCACAGAACCGCUCAUGCAGUGUCCAAUAUGUCGGCAAAGAUGGAUACGGUACCAGCGUGGCCAGGGGAAGUCCGAACGUCAGCACCUCCUGAGCCAGAAAUUUUGACAGAGUGGCUCAUCAAGACGAUGGUGCAGACCCGGGCUGUGAAGGACGCCUCAUCCCACACAAAAGCCCCGAUCAAGACGCAAACAGAAACUCUUCUCAUAGCCCUACCAUCUGCUCUCCCCCCAACAAGAUCUCUCAGACUCCGGAUCCGCCUACCGGGCUCUCCCAGAAAUGGCACCAACUGCGGCGGUACUCAAUCGACACCCCUAAGAACCCCACAAUCUUUAGAGGUGUUAGGCGACGACAACAGACCCUGGGUGUGUUCCUGUCCGACCACGCUGGUCAAACUAUGUGAGAAGCCCAAGGCUACAUCCCUACCCCUCUCCCACUCUUUAGCCUUGCCAGGAGGAAUCGAGCCCACAGCGUACGAGAUCGACGAGAGCGCCGCAAAGGCCCGACAACGCGACCUGGAGCUGCGGUGGAUGUACAACAGUCCGACACACUGGGGCCUGCUGCCCUCCAUCCAGCGAUGGGUGGCCGCUCUGGGGAACUGGGUUCUAGAGCUGACGUUGGGUGAGACAUUUGGCGCGAUAAACUACUGA